AUGUAACAUUGCAAUUAAGAUGUACUUUUCAAUCGUGCCAUUUUCCCAACAUCACCAAACCUCAAAUCGUCAUCGCCACCACCUUCACAAUUGCGCGGAGCUCUCGCGCUCAACAUAAUUCCGGAUUUACUCUCCAAAAAUCCACGCCACGCGCCCGUUGUGUGGGCGACACAAUGCCACCCAUUGUGCCCUCAUGGCCUUAUCCCACCACCCAAACAUUCGCAAGUAGAAGAAACGACAAAACUGACCACAGGCAGACGAGGGCAAUCGUUUUACUGGCGGCAGUCAGGGAUACCAUCAGCGUAUUUCUAAUGAACACAAUUAGCAAUUGCUAUUUGUCGUCUCCGCUCAGUAAAGAGGAGUGAAUUGUGCGUGAUAAAGUGGUGAAUUUUUUUGUGCGUAAGCCAUUUGACCAUAGCUCGUGUUAUUAUUAUUUUUGUUCGACUGACAUUGCACGAAAAGCCAGCUUUUGUUGUAUCGUUGUAGGAUAUUUCUUUCUAGAGACAAUUGCUUUUUUUUGUAUCUUAUACGUUGUAAAGUAAGUUAACUAAAUUUCCCUGAGGUAGUCAAGUGUAAAAACAUACAAUUAAAAUAUCCAAAGGUGAGUAUAUUUGUUGGUAAAGCUUGGGAUCAUGUGCAGAUUCUUCCAGAAGCGUUAAAAAAGGAAUCCAAAUUGAAAUUGUCUGAUUGCUUUUGCAAUUCCAUUUCGACGUGAAGGUCACGUGUUGUCAGGUGUAAGCGGGUCAGGUGAGGGUGAGGUCCGGGCCAAAUCCCAUUGUGUCCAGUAAAGCUCAUCUGGGUCAGAGUCAGGUCAUUUUUUGUUGUUCCAGAUCAAGGUCAGGUCAGACCUUGACCAGGUUUGAUCCAGGUGUCAGGUUAAGCAAAGGCCACGUCGGAGUCAGGUGAGGGUUAGGUAAGAUCACGGCAUGACGGUUACCUACUCCAACAAGGUGGCCAAUGCACGACUCGGGGGCUUCUCACAGCUGCUCCUGAGAUGGAAGGGGUCCAUCUACAAGCUUCUCUACAAGGAGUUCUGCAUCUUCCUCGUCUUGUUCUUCACGCUCAGCAGCGUCUACAGGUACAUGCUUCAGGAAAAUCAGAAAAGAUAUUUCGAGAAGCUCGCGAUGUACUGCAACAAAUACGCGGAGCUCAUUCCCGUCUCAUUCGUGUUGGGCUUCUACGUGACGCUGGUGGUGUCGCGCUGGUGGAGCCAGUACGAGAGCCUGCCGUGGCCCGACCGUCUCAUGCACCUGGUCGCGUGCAACGUGCACGGCGCGGACGAGCGAGGCCGCCUGCUGCGCCGCACGCUCAUGCGCUACGCCAACCUGUCGGCGCUGCUCAUCCUGCGCUCCGUCAGCACGGCCGUCUACAAGCGGUUCCCCACCAUGGACCACGUCGUUGAGGCCGGCUUCAUGACGCCCGCGGAGCGCCGCAAGUUCGACGGCCUCCGCUCUCCGCACAACAAGUUCUGGGUGCCGUGCGUGUGGUUCGCGAACCUGGCGGCGCAGGCCAAGGCAGAGGGCCGCAUUCUCGACAACGUGUCGCUGCAGCUCAUCCUCAAUGAUCUGAACAACUUCAGGAGCUGCUGCAGCAUGCUGUACAGCUACGACUGGGUCAGCAUUCCCCUGGUGUACACGCAGGUGGUCACGGUGGCAGUGUACAGCUUCUUCCUUGCCUGCCUCAUCGGCCGCCAGUUCCUGGACCCGGCGCAGGGCUACCCGGGCCAUGACAUGGACCUCUACAUCCCCGUCUUCACCCUCCUGCAGUUCUUCUUCUACGCCGGCUGGCUCAAGGUCGCAGAGCAGCUUAUAAACCCAUUUGGUGAGGACGAUGAUGAUUUUGAAGCCAACUGGUGCGUGGACAGGAAUCUGCAGGUUUCGCUCAUGGGCGUGGACGAGAUGUACCGGGAUCUGCCGCCCCUGGAGCACGACGUGUACUGGGACGACAUCUCACCGUGCCCGCCCUACACCGGCGCCAGCUUGGUCCACCACAAAGCCUCCUUCCAGGGCUCCACCUUCGACGUCAGCAUUCCCGCACAGGAGAUGGAGUUCCAGCGACUGGAUCACAUCUCGGAGGAAGCCGAGCGAUGCUCGUCUCCAAGCAUUGAUGGCACCAGCGAUGGCAGCCUCACACCGCCGCUGCUGCUGUCGCCACUGGCAGUGCCACCAGCGGGGAGGGGAGGCCCGUCGCGCCCCCGCUCGCUGCUCACCAUGCUGGCUGCGGCCACCCUGCCACCGACAGCGCCAGAUCGUCGCGGCUGGAGCAGCGCACCACAGACGCCCGUGCCGAGACGCACGCAGCCAUCGCUGCCGCCGCCGCCACCCAGGGGCCGCCGCUGCGGGUGUGCCGUCAGCCACUCCGAUGGCCUCAUCGCCCCGCUCGGCACAGGGCAGCGAAGCAAGCACGACGCACAGGUGUGGGACAGUGUUGAUACAUGCGUGUUCAAGGCCUAUGGAGGCAAGGAUUGGUGGAUCACACACCAUCAUUUAUAUGAUGUAAUCUGCAUUAUAACAGAAUGGGUUGAUCUAAAUGAGAUGAAUGCUAUGUGCGCUGGCAGAUGACACGUUGAUCUGCGGAACUCGGGGUCGUUAUGGGAUACAAGUUGGCCAGUUAGCAGUAUAGCAAGUAUGUUGAACUGACCCCUGCGAUCACAAUACAACCCAUAUGUUACAGAAUGUUCUCGUAUCUAACAACCCUGUGCGUUUCAUUGCUCUACCCCAUGGCAGGUCAAUGGGAGCUGCCACGUGGACAUGUCGACUCUUUAAAGUGACGUCCGCUCAACACAUCACGUAGAGCAGUGCUCUAAUAGGACUGGUGUCGAUUCAUGAAUUAAAACAUUACAUGAAUUCUCUAUCUAAAUCUUUUAAAUUAUGCUACAUUUUUACUUCAGGUGAUUUCAUCCAACCAGCCAUCCACGACGGAGCUUGUCGAGUGCUUCUUUAUUCAAAACGGUACCACACAGCUUCACUUCCCUCCCGAUGGUUCCACUCUCCCAACCCGUGGACGAGGCGCCUCUCUCUCUCUCUCAUCGCGUUCCCGCGGGGCUCACUCCACUCUCUGGCCUCGUCGCUGGCUGACGGCACGCUGGGAGCGGAGGCGAGCUCCGAGGGAAGACCCGCCACGGUGCCCGUGGCGAGAAGGCAGCUCCGCCGUACGGAACCCAGGCUUCCACACCGACCCCGAACCUUCCCCCCGCUCUCCUUUAUAUCCCCCUUGGCAGAGCUAAGCCCCGCCUCUGGCCACACCCCCUCGGGGAACCUUCGAGGGUUCCCGAACGCCUCACCAGCCCCAUCAUAUCCCCCCCCCUCUCGGAUUGGAUCCCGAUGACAUCAUCGUGCCCGUACUCGUUACCCCCUGGAUGGCGCUCCCUCAUUACAUAUGUUGAACUUCUUUCGCACCGUACGUAGCCAACCACGCUAAUCGGAAGUGCAGGGGAAGGCCAAACUAAACACAAAAAGCAGUUAUAAAAAAAUUAGUUUUCAAAAGGCUUUUUGGCCAAAAAAACAUUGCUUUCCUUUAAGCAAAACACAAUAUCUUUAUUAAACUCGCUAUACAUGGUAGACGAGAUUUUAAAUAGCAUGAUACAUAAAACAAAUACAAACGAAGAUUGUGAAUGGUGCAAGUGGGGGAAUUAAAUUAAAUAAAAACCGUGGCACACAUUGUGGAGGGAUGCAAAUUCAGUCCACUGUGAUGAUCAACGCCCAAUCAGUUGCCGUCACCUCUGUUGCUUUGGCAUUGGUUCCUUUUUAAACGUUUUGACAAUGCCGCUCACAUUAAUCACUUUAAUCGAUUGGGAGGAGACUUGAAAGACUGAGUUGUUGUGAGGCGGCAAGGCCGGCAAAUGGCGAGUUUAGCAGCUCGCGGGGUGAAGGAUUAAGGGUGAUGCAUUCUAGGUUGAGCAUAGUGGCACAUGGCGUUAAGGAAAUUCUUAAGCAGUUUCUGUGACAGACAAUUCUAAUGGCGAGGUGAUAUAUGAACACGAGUGGGUUAACAAAAAUCUAGAAUUGUAGACUGCUUCGACCCCACCUGUCAACGAGGCUGCUAUGAAUGCAAUUUAUAAUUGCGAAUAUAUAUUUUAAAAGUCAUAAUUUUACAGACAGGAUGUUUUCCAAGUGACCAGUGGCACAUCAACGUGUCCAUGGUUAAGGGUAAAUAAAGUACCGUGCAAGGCAUUGCAGCAAAGC